GUAGUAGCCUAGAAAUUGUCUCUAAUUUGUCCUAUUUUGUGAAUAUAAUUAAUACAUGUUAUAUUUUAACUGUUUUAUCUCGCUAUUUUUAAUCAAGCGCUGCUCAAGACAGCUAGUGAAGACACGUGUUGACUGUCUUGUCAAGUGCUGUUCCUCGAGAAAAACAGCGCUGGAUCUUCAACGCCACGAAAAUCUAUACAUCUCACAACAACAACAGUGCGGUCAUAAACACCACUCUAAUGUGCAUCCAGCGUGUUUUGCUCCUGCAAAGUCCGAGACCAGUACAUGGCUUUACAAAGAUCUUGGCGUAGCUGAGAAUGGUUUGAGGUGAUUUGUGUGGGACACAGGCAUCACGACCGUGCAUCCCUGCGGAGAAUCGCUCUAGAGCUUUCAUCUGGAUGUGAGGACCGGUCUAGUUAUCCGUCUCUCACCUCCUCUGCAUUUUUCCUAUUUUUUUUUGUUUGUUUUGUUUCUUUUCUCGGAGGGGAUCAUGGGGGGAGCAGUGAGUGCUGGCGAAGACAAUGACGAUUUGAUAGACAACCUGAAGGAUGCCCAGUACAUCCGCACAGACCGCGUGGAGCAGGCCUUUAGGGCCAUAGACCGUGGAGAUUAUUACCUGGACGGCUACAGAGAAAAUGCCUACAAGGAUCUGGCGUGGAAGCACGGGAAUAUACACCUGUCAGCGCCGUGUAUCUACUCUGAGGUGAUGGAAGCCCUGAAACUCCAGCAGGGUUUGUCUUUCCUGAACCUCGGCAGCGGCACGGGGUACCUGAGCACCAUGGUGGGCCUGAUCAUAGGUCCGUUUGGGGUAAAUCAUGGCGUUGAGCUACACAAGGAUGUGGUGGAAUAUGCAAAAGAAAGACUGGAUGACUUCAUUAAAAACAGCGACAGCUUUGACAGGUUUGAGUUCUGUGAACCACACUUUGUGGUGGGGAAUUGUCUGGAGAUUUCCUCAGACAGUCACCAGUACGACCGCAUCUACUGCGGCGCUGGAGUUCAGAAGGACCACGAGAACUACAUGAAGAUCCUGCUGAAAGUCGGAGGCAUUUUGGUCAUGCCGAUAGAGGAUCAGCUGACUCAGAUCACCAGAACCGGUCAGAGCUCCUGGGAGAGUAAGAAUAUCCUGGCCGUGUCAUUUGCUCCUCUUGUUCCGCAGAGCAGGACAGACGGCUGCAAGCCUGAAGCUGUGGUGCUCCCGCCGCUGUCCGUGAGGAGUCUUCAGGACCUGGCGCGGAUCUAUAUCCGCCGUACCCUCCGCAACCUGACCAACGAGGAGCAACCGGCCAACAACAACACACAGCGAUCGUCCCAGAAGCGCAAACGCAGACGCUGUCGCCGUCGCCGCCGCCGCAUCAACACCUACGUGUUCGUGGGCAACCAGCUGAUUCCUCAACCCAUGGACAGCGAGGAGGAUGAAUGCAUCGAGGAGGAGAGCAAAGAGGAGGAGCAGGAGAAAGACACUGAGCCGGUUAAACCUGAGGAGCCACGGGUCAACCAUCUGAGAGACAAAAUCCUGAGUCUGCCGCUGCCCGAGUCGCUGAAGGCGUACCUGCUGUUCUACCGCGAGAAAUAACACACACGCCGGCCCGUAGAAGCAUUCAUCAGUGGCGGUGGUUUCCACUUUCCUUCUCAGACUACUCAAUUUCAUAGUUUUUUGGGAUAAUGUAGCAUAAUUGAAAGAUUGAAACCGGGUUGGGCUGCGUUGGCCGGAGACGUCAGGUUUGAUUGUGCUUGCUGUGUUUGAUCUAAUGGCUCAUAACAUUGUAAUAUUCACAUUUUUCACUUCAGAGGACCUUGGGGGCUUAGAAACUUCUUGCUCACCUUAUUUGUAUUGAGAAGAUGUGAAGGAAGCUCUUUUUCACAGGCUUGUAUUGUAAGACCAGCUGUUUGAUGAAACCAGUAAUGACAGUUUUCUUUCUUAUUUUAAUUCUAGGGAGAAUUCGAGUCAUUAUUUUGUGAUUGAUUUUUGCCUUCUUUGAUUCUCCGAAGCUUUCGGGAGUUUUCAUUGUUUAUGAUGCUAAUGCUUUCGAUAGCUCUUUGAACUGUUUUAGUGAAGUUCAUCUAGAGAUUGUUUGGUUUUUUUAUUCGGCCGGUGUGUUUUUUUUUGUUUUGCAAAUAUUGAGCUGUCACUUAAUAGAUGAAGUCAUUUUUUUGGAUCGUUCCUAUCUCUCGUCUUCAAGUCGACCUCCUGAAGACCUAACGCUCCACUGUUCUGCUUGUGAUCAUAAAAUGUAAGAAACGUCACUGUUCGUGUGGGUUUGUAAUCGGUGAUUUCUCAAUAUCGUAACAACUUGUUUGCAAUAUAUUGUCAGCAUAGGGAAUCUAUGGCUUCAUUCCAGUUCUUCAGUUGAUUGUAAAGGAUUUUGUUACGGUGAAAUGAAAUAUAAUAGAAUUUGCAUCUGCCAUGUUUGUCACAAAAAUACACACAGAUUAAGAUAUUGAAAAAAACCGCAAAGUAUGUUUAUAGAAUGUUCAGUUGUUUAAAUUCAUCUGAAAAUUCUGAAAAUAAAAAUAGCAUUUUGUUGUUUUAGUACUGCCCUGAUGAAGCUAUGUAGGAUAUAUACAGUACUAAAGAACUUUAUUUAUAUAAAUGAUUCUGUUGAAAGGUUCUUAAUAUUGUAACCGUUCAUUCGUUGUCUUUUGUGAUGGUUGUGCAUCUCUGGUUUGUCCCACAGAAGUCCUCCGGAUCCAUUCGAGUUCUUCCUCACAGUGGCUAUAGUAUGUUGAGAUCCAGUUUUACUCAGGGCCUGACAAAACCAUCAGAAAAGAUUGAAAACGUACAGUAAUUAACGCUUGAGGAAACCACACAUGAUAUCAAGAACCAAGAAUGUAAACUUUUCAACAGGAUCUUUUGUUUAAUUAAAAUGACUUUGUGUUGUGAAGUAUAUAUGUACAUAUCUGUUGUGCAGCUUUACCAGGGCAGUACUAAAUUAAUAAAAUCAUUGUAAAAUCCAUUGUAAGAUUUUAUAUUAAUACUGACUAUAUUUUCUUUUAUUUUUUUCCUAAAAUAACUCCAUGAUGCCACAGCUAUGAACCACAAAUUGAUAAGCUGAUGAUUUGACUGUAAAAUACUUUUUUUCUUUUAAAUAUGGUAGCGCACAGACAAUUUUUAUUUGAUUUAUAGGGACUUUAAGCACCUUAAAUCAUCGCCUAUCUAUGAAAUGAUGGUGAAAGGGAAACUAGAAUGUAAAGAUAAAAACCAAAAUGAUUUUUCAUAUUUCGCCUUCCAUGUUAAGGCACAGUAUCUCUGAUAGAUCUACACCAGCACCGUCUAGAAACAAUGCUUUCAUCUUUUUAAACAGUAUUGCACCAGCUUCGAAUUCAAAGUGACUUCAAAACUCAUAAAAGAGAGAGGUUCGUGUGUUUUGUUAUUGAGACAGCAGGAUGGCACAUUUACGUGUAAAAUUGUAUUAAACUUUAAUAGGUUACCCUCCUGAAAACAAAGACCUUUUAUGACUAUUUUCAGUCAAUCAUGAAAAUGCUCAAAGCGUUUGAGAUCUUGAGAGAAGAAACAACAGGCCAUGCAGAUUCUACGUGAGCGUACCUUGUAAUUAUUUUUCAUAUUGCUUAUUGACUGUAGACCGGACCGUUUCUCAAGGUAAGAGGAAUUUGUCCGUUGCGUUUGUGACGGUUUGAUCGUUUCAUGAGAUCUUAUUCCACAGCAUGAUGUCCUACAGAUGCUCCCUGUCUUUUUCUGACUGUAAUUUGAUGCCAUGUUUCUCAACCAUCUUUUCAUUAAAUAUAUUUAUAGCCAA